GGAUUUUAACCUUGUUUCUCAUGCUUUGGAUACAGCUCCACAAUAAACUGAGUAGAGAAGCAAAAGAAAGAGGAGAAGAAUACAAAAUCACCAAGCUGAGGCGGAAUAUUGAAAUGGAUGAAUAUGAUUUUAUGCAUUGGCGUCGAUCAUUUGAAGAAAGAGAAGCUUUGAUCAGAGAUAUCAGCUGCCGACAAGCUCUUGGUUUGCCACUGGAAGAGCCAGGAAGAUAUAAAGAUGCCAGUUUCUUUGGGAAGGAUCAAUAUGACCCAUCCAAUCCCUUGUAUCGAUAUGACUACUGGGGAGAACCAAAAACCUCAGAAAAGAGUAAGCAGGAGCGUGUGACAGAUGCUCACAACAAGUCUAUUGUGGGCAAGGGCACUGUAUGGUACGAAAUGUCUUACGAGGAAGCAAUCAAGCAAAAACAGAGAGGAGAAGCCCGUUCUAAAGAAAUGAUGCAGAAGGAAACUGAAGAAGGAGGUUCAAUGAGAAAAAAAGGGACGGAUGGCGAGGAUGAGGACGACGAUGAAGAUGAUUUUGAUUACAGCAUUCUUAGCGGCCCCAGUGUUGAAUUUGCAGAUCAACCUCAUAUUAAUGGGGCCGAAUUUUCUAGCAUAUCAGAUGAGGGUGUGUUUGACGGUUAAUUGAAGUAGUAACGUCUGUGUUUCUUUUUCUUUUAUGGUGUAUAUAGCAGUCUGGUAAAGGCAUGUUUCUUCUUUAGAAAGCAUUAUUUUUUGAGGCCACUUUAAAAGGUAUGGGUGGUUUGUAUUGUAAGCCCAUUUUCUAAAGUCAGGACGUGCUUGGAGAGGUUUCAUGUUCUAGGAAAAUGGAAGAAAUAAGCACCAAGCUUGCUGAUUAGGGUAAACAUUUCGAAGGAAGCACGGUCCUGUUUUCUGAAAUAAAGGUACUUCACACCU